GUUUAAGGAAAUUGGCAUUGGUUUUGUAUCAGCAAAGAAAAUGACAAAUUGACGUUUGUCAAACACGUCGAAUGCAAAAUAUCCGAAAUUCCAGAAUACAAACUAGUUUACGUGGCUAGAAUUCAAAUAUCUUUAUUUUUAUUAUCCUUAUUGCCGUAUAUGACAAUAACAUAGAAGAAUUAAGGGUAGGCCCCCAACUAUGUUAACAAAAUUCGAGACAAAAUCCGCAAGGGUAAAAGGGCUGUCUUUCCACCCGAAAAGGCCCUGGAUCUUGGUGAGCCUUCACAACGGAUGUAUCCAGCUAUGGGACUACCGUAUGUGCACCCUGCUUGAGAAAUUUGAUGAACACGAUGGACCUGUGAGAGGUAUCUGUUUCCACAACCAACAACCUUUAUUCGUUUCGGGAGGUGAUGAUUAUAAAAUUAAGGUGUGGAACUACAAGCAAAAAAGAUGUAUUUUCACACUACUUGGACACUUGGACUACAUCCGAACAACAAUGUUCCACCAUGAAUAUCCAUGGAUAGUAUCAGCAUCUGAUGACCAGACUAUCAGAAUUUGGAACUGGCAAAGUCGUACUUGCAUCUGUGUCCUCACUGGACACAAUCACUAUGUGAUGUGUGCUCAGUUCCAUCCCAGUGAGGAUUUGCUGGUUUCUGCUUCACUAGAUUCCACAGUUAGAGUCUGGGAUAUUUCUGGGUUGAGGAAGAAAAAUGUUGCUCCUGGACCUGCUGGUUUAGAGGACCAUUUGAAGAACCCAGGCAGCACAGACCUGUUUGGGCAGGCAGAUGCUGUGGUGAAGCAUGUGUUAGAAGGCCAUGAUAGGGGUGUCAACUGGGCUGCUUUUCACCCCACUUUACCUCUUAUUGUCUCAGGGGCUGAUGACAGACAGGUGAAACUAUGGCGUAUGAAUGAUUCUAAAGCCUGGGAAGUAGACACUUGUCGCGGCCAUUACAACAAUGUUUCUUGUGUGCUGUUCCAUCCUAGACAGGAGUUGAUUCUAUCCAAUGGUGAAGAUAAAAGUAUCAGAGUGUGGGAUAUGACCAAGAGGACUUGCUUACACACAUUUAGGAGGGAGCACGAUCGUUUCUGGAUUAUGACCUCCCACCCCACCCUAAACCUCUUCGCCGCUGGCCACGACGGAGGCAUGGUCAUUUUCAAGCUAGAGCGUGAACGUCCCGCAUACACCGUCCAUGGCAACUUACUGUACUACGUCAAGGAGCGCCAUCUGCGGAAGCUGGACUUCAAUACGUCCAAGGACGUAUCUGUGAUUCAGAUUCGAGGUGGCGGGAAGAUACCCAUCUACAGGAUGUCAUUUAAUCCGGCCGAGAAUGCUGUCAUCCUGUGCACCAGAACGUCGAAUUUGGAUAAUAGCACGUACGAUUUGUAUGUAAUUCCCAAGGAACAGGGAGACGAUCAUGUUCCAGAGGCAGAAAGCAAGAGAUCUCCAGGAUUAGCAGCACUUUGGGUAGCGAGAAAUAGAUUUGCUGUAUUGGACAGAGGUCAUCAACUGAUCAUAAAGAAUUUGAAGAACGAGGUGACCAAAAAGGUUCAAACGCCUAGCUGUGAUGAGAUUUUCUAUGCUGGAACAGGCAUGCUGCUGUUACGUGACGCCGAUAACGUAACUCUUUUUGAUGUACAACAAAAACGGACUUUGGCCCAGGUGAAAAUCAGCAAAUGCCGGUACGUGGUGUGGUCUUCUGACAUGUCGCAUCUAGCUCUUUUGUCCAAACACAACGUCACCAUUUGCAACAGGAAAUUGGACGUACUGUGUACUCUUCAUGAAAAUACGAGGGUCAAAUCAGGCGCCUGGGAUGAUUCUGGGGUUUUCAUAUACACCACUAGCAACCAUAUCAAGUACACUCUGACCAAUGGUGACCACGGUAUUAUUCGUACUCUUGACCUGCCCAUCUACAUUACAAGAGUGAAGGGAAGUCAAGUAUUUUGCUUAGAUAGAGAGUGCAAACCCAGGAUUUUGACGGUCGAUCCGACAGAGUAUAAGUUCAAAUUGGCUUUGAUCAACCACAAGUAUGAAGAAGUUCUGUACAUGGUCCGAAACUCCAGGUUGGUUGGGCAAUCGAUAAUUUCAUAUCUCCAGCAAAAAGGCUACCCUGAAGUCGCGCUACAUUUCGUUAAAGACGAUAAAACGAGGUUCACUUUGGCUCUUGAAUGUGGUAAUAUAGAAAUUGCGCUUGAAGCUGCCAAGGCUUUGAACGAUAACGCAUGUUGGGAUCAACUAGCACAAACUGCAUUGUGGCAAGGCAAUCAUCAGGUCGUAGAAAUGUGUUAUCAGCGUACGAAGAGCUUCGAAAAACUGUCGUUUUUGUAUCUUAUCACUGGAAAUCUAGAUAAACUGAGGAAAAUGAUGAAGAUCGCAGAAAUCAGAAAAGCUAGAUCUUCUCAGUAUCAUAGUGCUCUUUUGUUAGGAGACUUGGAAGAACGAGUGAAGGUUCUUAAAGCAUCUAAGCAAAUGUCUCUUGCGUAUUUAACAGCUAAAUAGAUUUUCAACAAACAAACAAAAAUCUAAUGGUGGAAGACCAAAGGAAUUUUUAACGCAAAGCAUCUCUAUUUAUUUCCUGAAAUACAAAUUGCGGGCAAGUUUAAGUCAAUUCUCCGAAACCAAUCUCCUUCACACCAAUGUGAAACGAAUGGCGUAUACCACUACUUUCACGCAAGCGGAUCCGCGGGUUAGUCUAUUUUGAUAAUAAAUAUGAUUUUUAAAAUAGCAUGUCAUAAUGAAUCACCCAUUAUUGAUGUCAGGGGUUACCUUUCGACCUCACCGUUUUUUUUUUUUAGCCGUGACCCAUGGUAUGACCGAAACAGCAGAGCAAAUCAAAGAAGCCUGUGGCGGCGACAAACAACUGCCCGAGGCAGAUCCAAACGCCAAGUUCCUGAAACCGCCACCGCCAGUCCAACAGGCAGAAUCGAAUUGGCCUUUGUUGACGGUUAGUCGAAGCUUCUUCGAGAACACUGCACUCACUAGCGCAGCGUCAACGAAUAUGAAGUCGUUGAUGGUGGAACCCAGUGCGGAGCAGGCCAUGGAAGAGGCCACAGGGUGGGGUGACGAUGAGGAGAUUGACGUUGAGGGUGAAGAAAAACGAGUUCCUGACGCCGCAGCAGCUGGUGACGGAGAAGCAGGCUGGGACGUGGAAGAUGCAGACUUGGAAAUUCCAGACUUGGGACCAAGCCAACCUUCAGAAUCUAAUGAUAGUUAUAUUCAUCUAGCGCCUCCAGGACCUUCUCCUACACUUAACUGGACUAAACUGUCACAGUUGCCUGUAGAUCAUGUUGCUGCUGGAUCCUUUGAAUCUGCGGCUAGGUUAUUGCAUACUCAGGUGGGAGUAGCAAAUUUUUCACCAUAUGAACAAUUGUUUUCGGAAGUAUUUGGAGCUUCAAAAACGGUAUACACUCGACAGCAUAAUGUACCUACAGCAUUCGCUUAUCCUAGCAGACCGCUCAAAGAUAAUAAGGGAGCCUUACCAGUUGUUGCUGUCAAACUGAAUGAUCUUGUGCAGAAACUACAGGUGUGCUACCAGUUAACAACGGGUGGUAAAUUCUCGGAAGCCAUCGAAAAAUUCCAGAACCUCCUUCUCUCCGUAACUUUAUUAGUUGUCGACACCAAACAAGAGAUCUCCGAAGCUCAACAGUUGCUGAAAAUCUGCGGCGAGUACAUCUGCGGCCUUCAAAUGGAAACACUUAGGAAAAAUCUGCCGAAAAACACUCAAGAAGAGCAGAUACGUCAGUGUGAAAUGGCUGCUUACUUCACGCACUGUAAAUUGCAGCCUAUCCAUCAGAUCCUCACAUUGAGAACGGCACUGAAUAUGUUUUUCAAACUAAAGAAUUACAAGACUGCAGCGUCUUUCGCCAAGAGAUUGUUGGAGCUAGGACCAAGACCUGAGGUGGCUCAACAAGCAAGGAAGAUUCUCCAAGCAUGCGACUCGAACUUGACAGACGAACUGCAGUUGAACUAUGAUGAACACAACCCGUUUUCGCUAUGCGGUCAUUCCUACACGCCGAUCUACAGGGGAAAACCUGAAGAAAAAUGCCCUCUUUGCAGUACUUCCUAUUUGACAAAGUACAAAGGAAAUCUGUGUAACGUCUGCGGUGUUGCCGAGAUAGGAAGGGAUUGUAUUGGAUUAAGGAUCAGUCUGCAUCAGUUUAGAUAAAUUUCGAAUAUUCAAAAUAAUUCGUGAUAUAUGAUACCGAUUUACUUGGGUUCCAAUAUUGAUAGAGUCAACUAAUGAUCAUAUGACUGUGUAUUGAAAUAUGCAAGCUGUUAUAAUUUGGAAACAUGUAGGGUAAUCCCAAAAUUCAUAUAAAUCUAUUGUAUGAGAGCCUUAUACAUUAUGCUUAUUCAAAAGACGAUACUAGUUUCAAAAAAGUUAUCUAUUUAAUUUAAAAGUAUGUUA